CCAUCGCAUCGGAUCAGAUAGGAAUAUCCCCUUCUUUCCCCUUCCAAGCUUUCCUUGGGCGGUGGCGUGGUCAUGCAGGAGGGCGGCGGCGUGUCGAACGGCAACGGCGGCUUGGGCUCCGGCGGGUGCUCUUACAUGCCGGUGGUGGAGGAGUACGACGAUGAAGAGGAGUGCGCAGGCCUGGAACCUUUCUUCUUCGACGAGGCAGAGGCGGUGGCUGAUCAUGAGAGGCGGAUGCGGAGAGAACAGGAGGCGGCGCGCAAGGAGGAGCUGCGCGUUUUGGCGAUGAAAGCCAUAAAUGACGUCAAGGCUAGGAUCCUCGACGAGGAUCCCAAGCAGGGCGGCAAAUACUACAACCGAUUCUGCUUCGCCGACUUCAGCAAAUUCGACCUCGACGAGGAGUCACCCCUUGAACCGAUGAGAAACACUGAUAGAGUCUACAAAAAGGGCAAUGAAUACUCGCUGUUGCCUGCGGUAAACAUCUUCUCCGUGAAGAUAGCCUCCUCGGAUGUUGGCUUCCCAAUCCAUGUGUACGGCACAGCAAUUGCUAGAGACAACCUUGAAGAGAAGUGUGUUUUUCUCUUCAACCGUGAUAAAGAUCAUUACCAACUCAUCAACUCUGAGGAUGAAUCGUUGAUCUUGAGUGGCCCAAAACGAGGACUUGUUUUACUAGAUCCUGUAUAUGUUGAGAUUGAUCUGAAGAUCAAGGAUCAUCAAGGGCAGGAGGAGAAAGAACUUAGUAAAGGAUUCUUGACUAUCGGGGGCGUAGCCAAUCGAGUGUUGAGUAACUACAGCAAGGUUGAAAGCAGAUCUCUUGCUACCAGGCUCAGUACUGUGGAGGUGAUGUAUGCAGUUGUGAACUAUGCAGUGGAGGCUACUAUUGCAAUUGAAGUUCUACAGGGAGAAUUUUAUGGAAAAAUCACUGCUUGCAUCACCAGCAUCCCGAAUAAUUGUCUUGUGCUUCAUGAUAGCAAAGUGGCUGGUAUGAUGAAUGGGGAUGGUAAAGGAGUCAUCCAACUUUUGCGACGUGUUGUAUCUGUCUGUCUAGCGGAGAAGCUGUCAGUGACUAUUGUUGCCCAGACUGGUGAUGAAGGCACUAUUGAUUUUGCUCCGGAUACCAACGGCGGAGGUAAAGGUGAAAUUACUGUUGGUGCAACUACCAUGCUCGUGAAGGUUACUUGGUCGGUAAAUGAUGAAGUGUGAGCUUUUGGAUUGGUCGUGUUACGGAAAUCUCACAUAUCAGUGCUAAUCUGUUCGUUAUUGUACAGUCCACAUCACAUCUCUCUUCAAUUUUUCCCCCAAAAUAUAUUUUUUAUUAAUAUUUCAAGAAUUGCUCCCAUUUGAAAAUUGUACAGCAAAAAUCAGAAAAAUACUGUGUUCAUUUUGCUCUCAACCUUCAAAAACACCCAUCUACGUAGUCACAAAACUUUCUGAAAAAAAUUGGUAGUGUAGAGGAUGCUACCUUAAAGUUCUGUACGAAAAUGUCAGCCUAAAUCAUGGCUAGAAGCAAAAUAGACAAGUUUUUGUUUCCCUAAAAUUUGUCUUUUUUGCUUCAUAUUGUACAAUUCCAUUUUUGAGCAAAAACUUUGUGGAACAUUUGAAGAUAGGACACUCUACAGCCAAAUAUUUUCAGAA